GCCAAGUGUGUGAUGUGUCAUGGGCAGGGCUGCGCGGUCAAAGGUACGUGUUUAUGCCGCAGAUAGUAUACCCCAUGGAAAUUUCCGGUCGUAUUGACGAUAGCAAUUAAUGUACAAGGUUGGGGACAGGCAAAUCCUUAACGGGACCACAUUUAUAGCACGUCCAGUGCCGGUAUAUUUUAUCGUUUCAUUUGAUACCAGCGUGGUCCCGUAUCGAAAUAAUACAAGAGGGACAUCUUCGUGACUUUCCAUGAGGAUUAUCUCCGUGACUUCACCGUGACUUUUCUUGAGUGUUGAUCCGGCCCGUCUCGGUGCUUGACCGGGGCACUGGCAGCCCGUCAUGCCGGUCUGCGCCUCGAUACGCCGGCAUCUGGCCGUCAGGAGCGACAUAGCACGAGGCAUGCUGGCUGAAAUGGCAGGAACCUUCAUACUGGUUUUAUUCGUGGAUGGCGGACUAGCCCAAGGUAUCGUCAGUGGCUGGACAUCCGGGACACCCGUUUCCACCGCACUGACCUCAGGCAUGGGCGUGGCCUUCGGUAUCUACACAGGUUUAGGGGUAUCAGGAGGGCACGUGAAUCCAUCCAUUACUCUGGGCUUGGCUUCUGUCGGCAAGUUUGCCUGGCGAAGGGCUCCGCUGUGGAUACUCGCCCAGUUUCUGGGCGCAUUCGCUGCAGCGUCUGUUGUAUUUGGAAUAUACUACCCUGGGUUGGAUAAUUUUGACGGAGGCAACCGGACGGUUUUCGGGCCGACCGGGACGGGAGGGAUUUUUUGCACUUAUCCGCAGCCGUACUUUGGGCUCUGGGCCGGCCUGGCUGAACAGAUACUCAACACGGGUCUCCUGUUGCACUGCACGAUGAUGUUUUUCGACGAGAGAAACGGCAAACCGACCAAAGGGAUGGAGCCGUUCUUUGUGGGUCUGUCUGUGGCCGUGAUCAUCCUGGCCUGGGGACACAACGCCGGGGCACCCAUGAACCCAGCCAGGGACUUGGCUGGUAGGUUCCUGUCAUGGCUGGUCGGCUACGGAAGCGAAGUGUGGAUACCUCGCGGAGUUCACUGGUGGUGGGUGCCAACCUUUGUACCGCUGUUAGGGGGAGUAUGCGGGGCCAACUUUUACUUUCUGCUCGUGGAAAUUCAUCACCCGAAGGAGAUGGGCGAUAACUACGGCACAGAGGGGUCGCCAGCAGCAGUUGAACAUAUUGAAAUGCAAUCGAAAAAUAGCCCACCAGAGCCGAAUUAUGUGGAUCGCUCACCGACACACGAAUACCACAAUCAGAGCUUGGGUGAGGAUAUGGAGUGAGAAACCACAGCAUUCUCGACAGAAGCGUAUUAAUCCAACUGAAAUUCUUCCUGAAAUAGAUGAGUAAAGCAGUAAUUAUGAGGCUAUGCUGAUUUUUAAACAAUAGUAUUAUGGCUUGAAGUAAUACAAAGACGCACAAGAAAAAGUAAAGUGAAAAUGUGUGUAAGUAAGAAUUGAUUCUAUACUAUGUUUCCAUGAGAUGUACACCUUUCAGCCGUUACGUUUUGAAUUGUUGAAAAGACAAAACGACAGAAAUAUACACGGGUUGUCCCACAAAAAAACUAACAAAUUGCAUGUGAGUUUGGGAAUAUUUUCAAAUUACCUCUUUUACAGUCAGAUAACCAUUCUAUACCAUACGAACUUUAUUUCAUUCAAAUUGAUGCAUUGGAACAAACUCUAUGCUUCAUCGAACUCAAGGAUUGAAAAUCGUCUUGGGCCACUUUCCUUGCGAGAGAAAGUGAGAAAGCACAAUUUUAGAGAAACACACAAAAAAAGAUUUAUUUCCUUUGUUCAAGAGUCACGUGUGACUUAUUCUAUCGGCUUAUGAUCUGUAAACUUGAUAAAUAGAAACAGUGGCCAAGUAGUUUUUUAAGUCCCGUAUUGUGAUUGUUGUAUCUUUUGAACAAAACAUCCUAGUGAAACCAACUAAAAGGAAUUUGGAAGACCAAUUAUUCUACUCAGCAUUACAUUAGACUCGAUUUUGAAUACUGCCCCCACUUUUCUGAAAACAUGCCCGAUUCGACUGUUUUUUGUGUGGGACAACCUGUACCAUGGUCAUUUGGUUUAGAUUGUAUACGUCGCGUACCUUGCACCUACCUCGCCCUCUGUGUGUGAUGUGCUUUCCAGAUACACGUAGAUAGCCGUUUAGGGUACGGUUAAAAAAUGAUGAAAAUAAAUUUCUCGUAUAUGCAGAAAGAAACACUUAUACUUAAAGAAACACUUAUUGAGAAAUACACAAGAUUCGAAAAAUUCUACUCAUUUACGUAUCUCUAUGUGAGAAAUGAGCACCUGAAAAAAAUGUCUGCAGCCGGUUGAUAAUGACAACUUACUUUAUGUAAAGCUUAAGUUUACUGUCCAAAAAAUCCAAUGUAAGGUUCUAUCUAAAAACGUCUAAGUUUAAGUUGAUGAGACGAGUCUAAGUUGAGGAGGCAAGUGAUAUGCGUGUCGCCGUCUGAUGAACUAAAUAUUUUAUAUUGGUCAAAAACAAGGUAAUCAUUGGUCUUUGUACGGCAUAAAAAAACUCUAUGCAUAAAUAGUAUCAAGUUCUUCCAAUAGUAUGAUUUUUUUCCUGUGAGGGUGCAGGCAUAAAGCUCAAUUUUAUUUAAAAAUCGAAUGAGCAGAAUUCACUUUAAUGUUCGUUAAUAAUAUUUUAUUAUUAUAGAUAUUAUUGUUCGUUGUUAUCCUUUGAUGUGGAGAACCUUGGCCUCGUGGUCUGGGCGCAAUUUCAUAG